UAGAAAUACAAUGCCGUCAUAUAAGGAAGAACAAAUAGGAUAUGAAAUAUAUUUGGCGUUACUAUUUAAAUUACAUAAUCAUCUGAAUGAAUUAGGUAUCUAUUCGAAUCGUGAAUUUUCAACACAAGUUGUUACUUAUAUGACAUCAACAUUUAUAAUUAGUAUUAUUGGAAUAUUUUUGAUAACUAAAGUUAUAUUUACAAUAAAGGGUCAAUUUGCAGUAAUUGACAAUUUAGCCAUAACAUUUGUUGCAUGGAUGAUUUUUUUUAUGUUAGUUGCCUAUUUGGUUCUAAGAUUAUGUUGCCAAGCACAUAAUGAAUCAAGAAAUACGGCAAUUCUUGUACAUGAAAUUAUGCAAAAGAAACCAUCAUUUAUGCUAAAGGACGAUAAUAAUUACACAAAAAUGAAAAAUUUUACAUUGCAAUAUUUACAUUGGGAACGUUACUUUCAAUUCAGUGGCACCGGAUUAUUUUCACUAGAUUAUACAUUUAUAUUUUCGGCUGUAAGCGCAGCAACAUCGUACUUAAUCGUUUUGCUACAAUUUGAUAUGUCAGCUGUUUUGGAAAAUGUUUAGAAAUUAA